AUGGCGGUCUUUGGCAUGGUCUCGGCUGUGUCCAGCUUCGUCAAGAUACGGUAUCUGCUGGACAAGGCGGUCAUCGAUAAUAUGGUGUUUCGAUGCCACUACAGAAUCACGACAGCCAUUCUAUUUGUCUGCUGCAUUAUUGUGACAGCUAACAAUCUAAUUGGUGAUCCCAUAAGCUGCAUCAACGACGGCUCCAUUCCCAUGCAUGUGAUCAACACAUUCUGUUGGAUCACCUACACCUUUACGAUACCUGGCCAGCAGCACAGACAGAUCGGCACCGAUGUGGCCAGCUACGGCCUGGGCAAUGAGUAUGGGCAGGAGAAGCGCUAUCACAGCUACUAUCAGUGGGUGCCGUUUGUGCUGUUCUUUCAGGGUCUGAUGUUCUAUGUGCCGCACUGGAUAUGGAAAAAUAUGGAGGAUGGCAAGAUCCGUAUGAUCACCGAUGGUCUGCGCGGCAUGAUCACUGUGCCCGAGGACUAUCGCAAGGAUCGGCAGGAUCGCAUAAUCAAAUAUUUCAUGGACAGCCUGAACUCGCACAAUGGCUAUUCGUUUGCGUAUUUCUUUUGCGAACUCCUGAACUUCGUGAACGUUAUUGUGAAUAUUUUCAUGGUGGAUAAAUUUUUGGGCGGUGCUUUUAUGUCCUAUGGUACUGAUGUGCUCAAGUUCUCGAACAUGGACCAGGAGAAGCGUUUCGAUCCAAUGAUAGAGAUCUUUCCCCGACUCACGAAAUGCACGUUCCGUAAAUUUGGACCCAGCGGUUCUAUACAGAAGCACGAUACGCUUUGUGUGCUCGCUUUGAAUAUACUGAACGAGAAGAUCUAUAUCUUCCUAUGGUUCUGGUUCAUCAUACUGGCCAUCAUCUCAGGCGUUGCUGUGCUCUAUUCAUUGGUGGUGGUUAUGAUGCCCACCACGCGGGAGACAAUCAUUAAGCGAUCGUAUCGCUCGGGACAGCGAAAGGAAAUAGCGGGCUUGGUCAGGCGCCUAGAAGUUGGAGACUUUUUGAUUCUACACUUCCUCAGUCAGAACCUCACCACGAAAUCCUACAGUGAUUUGCUGCAACAACUCUGCGGAUUGCUGGGCGCCUCGCGUACGCCCUCUGCUCCGUCAACGCUUGAAAUGAAUCCCAUCAACCAUCCGAUCUAUCCACCGGUAGACAGUUUCGGCGGAAAGGAGACCGAAACAUAGGCAUCCGGAGUGCGAUGUGCAACAACAAACAAUUUCAAUGAUUUCUCAAUAAUUUUUGUAGGCAGAUGAGUUAUAGGGAAUAACACUUGGAGGUUCGAAGUUGGAGAAAGUAAAUUGAUGUUCAAGGCAGGUUAGCAACGUUCUAGGCUCUAGAUUUUUUUUAAAUUUAAGACUGUCGUAAGCGAAUGGGAAAUGAAUUUGAAAUCAAGAAUAAUUCUUUAGCAAAAUUUUUUUUCUUUCUAAAACAAAUUUUUAUCGAAACUCCUAGGCCAAGACCCAUAUAUAGAUGGAGAAGCGUUCAAGAAGCGAGACAGAGCAGGGAAGUAGGGGAUGAAGUAGAAGUGAAGAAACACACAGGCAGACCGUGCAAUUAGUAGGUUGGAUUGUGGUUGUGGUUGCUGUGGCUCUGUUUUUGGCAGCCAACACAUUUGAAAGGUACAUAAUCUAUGCUUAUAGUAACGUAAACAUGAUGCGCCAUCUAAAAUAUAGAAUUUAAGUUUAAUAA